AUGAAACUGCAACUAUAGUUAGAAGAAUUUCUUGCUGUAAAUCAAAUCUAAUGCACAGAAAUCUCUCUAAAGUUAAAUUAAUCAUCGACCAAUAAAACUAAUUUGAAUGAAUUGGCAAGAAAAUGGAAAGAUUAUCAAAAUAUCUAAGUCUUAAACCUUUCUUUAGCCUCUACUCAAAUUAAUGAAGAAGACACUUUUGUUUUAGCUUCUGGAAUCGCAAUCUUAUAAAAUCUAAUCUCUUUAGAAAUUUCUAUAUAGUUUAAUAACAUAGGUCCUUAAGGCGCUUUUUUAUUAUCUACUGCUUUAAAUAAGUUCGAAAAUCUUUAGGAACUAAGCAUUUUCUUGCACUAAAAUGAAAUUGGGGAUUUAGGUGUUAUUGGCUUAUCCGCAGGACUAAGAAACUGUUCAAAGCUAAAUAAAUUAACACUUGGAUUGAGCUAAAAUUCUAUUGGAAAUAAGGGAGUUUCUCAUUUAUUCUCAUCUUUAUCAUAGUGCUGUCAUCUUCAAAAUUUAGGUGUCUAUUUAAAUGAUAACUUGAUUGGAGAUGAAGGAGUGGAAAAUAUGGCAAUAGAAAUGGCUAAAUGGGAAAAUAUCCAAAAUCUAGAAUUGCAUUUAAGCUUUAAUGGUUUAAUAAAUAAAUCAGUUUUAUGUUUAUCACAAUCACUUGGAAAAUAAGAAAAGCUUGAAAACUUGCUGGUGUCUUUACAAGAUAAUUAUAUUGAAGAUGACUCACUUUUAGAAAUGGGAAAACAAUUAAAUAAACUUUAAAAUUUAAAAUGUUUGAAUCUUUAGUUAAAUAAUGGUAGAUUAUGCGAUUUGAUAAAGCAAAUAAGCUUAAAUGACAAUAUUUAGGUGCUAAAUUUAUCAUCUUGCUCAGAUUUAAUUGAAGAUAUAGCUUUGAAUGAUAUUGGAAAGGAACUAAAGAAAUUCAAGCAUUUAUAAUAUUUGACAAUACAGUUUAUAUCAGAUGAAAUAACAGAUCAAGGUGUUCAAAACUUAGUGAGAGAAAUUAGCUAAUGCAAUAAUUUACAUGAUCUUUCUAUUCUAAUAAUAUCUGAUUCGAUAGAAGGACAAUAACUAAGACAAUUAUCAAAUUAAUUUAGCAAUUUAAAGAAUCUUAGAUGCUUAGAUUUUUAGCUAGUAUCAAAUAAUUUUGAUUAUCUGAGCUGUGACCAAUUAAUCAAAGACUUAAAAAAAAUAGAUGGCUUAAUACUUUUGAAGUACUCCUUUUGA